UCAUAUGAAUUGCAUUUUUAAAGCUUCCAUUCGAUCUCCAUAAAACCUGCAGUCAACGUAGCCAAGCCAAAGGCUGAUGAAACUCUUGCAAAUUGUUCGCCGAGCUGUGUCUGGUGGUUGCUUUUACACCAGCAGGUUUGGUACAAAAUACUCCAGCGACGCAAACAACUUUGUCCUGUUCUUUGGAUUCAGUUCUCGAUCCACAUAUUCCGCUCAACAGAAUUUGAAUUCAAAGUGGGGUUCUAAGAAGCGGAAAAUAUUAAAACUUCAGAAAGCCAAGAACUUCAUGAUGGAUCCUGAAAUUGAAGCAAAGCUGGCUCCUCUGAGGCAGGCUGUAAAAGAACAGGGUGAUAUUGUUCGUAAAUUGAAGUCAGAAGGAGCCGUCGAAAUUGAUGUCAAGAGGGCAGUUGCAGAGCUCAAGCACAAGAAAAAGGCUUUGGAAGAUAAGGAACUGGAACUUGCUCCUAAAGAUGACUUUGAUAGGUUGAAAAUGGAAGACUUGCUGAAGCAGAGGUUUUUCUAUGACCAAGCGUUUGCUAUCUAUGGGGGUAUCAAUGGCCUAUAUGAUUUUGGCCCCAUGGGUUGUGCCAUGAAAGCAAACCUGCUACAGGCAUGGAGGAAACAUUUUGUUUUAGAGGAGCAGAUGUUGGAAGUGUGUACUGCUAUGCUCACCCCUGAGCCUGUGCUUAGGGCUUCUGGGCAUGUGGAGAGAUUUCAGGACUACAUGGUGAAAGAUCUCAAAACUGGGGAUUGCUACAGAGCAGAUCAUCUCAUAGAAGCCACAUUUGAGAAAAUGCUGGAUGACAAGAAAACUGCUGAUGAAACCAAAGAAGCAAUCCGGGCUCUCCUUCCUACGAUUGAUGGCAUGAGCAAAGACGACAUGGGGCGGACUCUCAGGGAGUAUAACAUGAAGUCGCCAAUCACUGGAAAUGAUCUUACAGACCCUAUUGACUUCAACUUGAUGUUUGCAACCUCAAUUGGUCCCACUGGUCAAUUGAAAGGUUUCCUGCGACCCGAGACAGCUCAGGGUAUCUUUGUCAAUUUCAAGCGCCUGCUUGAAUUCAAUCAAGGGAAGUUGCCGUUUGCUGGUGCCCAGAUUGGUGAUUCCUUCAGGAAUGAAAUCUCACCUCGAUCUGGUCUCAUUCGUGUCAGAGAAUUCACAAUGGCAGAGAUAGAACAUUUCUGUGAUCCCACUGAUAAGUCUCAUGCCAAGUUUCCAAAAGUCGCUGAUAUUUUAAUGACCUUGUAUUCUGGCUGUAACCAGAUGGAUGGCAAACCACCAGAGAAAGUGACAAUUGGUGAAGCUGUGAAAAGUAAACUCGUUGCCAAUGAGACACUUGGUUACUUCAUGGCUAGAAUUCAGCUCUUUUUGAUCAAGGUCGGUGUUGAUCCAAGCAAGCUGCGUUUCAGACAGCAUUUGUCCAAUGAAAUGGCUCACUACGCUUGCGAUUGCUGGGACGCUGAGUUAAAAACCUCAUACGGCUGGAUUGAGUGUGUUGGCUGUGCUGACAGAUCGUGCUAUGAUCUCACUCAACACACCAAAUCUACUGGUGUGAAACUGGUGGCAGAGAAACCACUGCCAGCUCCACGAACCUUGGAUAUUGUGGAGUGUGUGCCUCAGAAGGGGCCACUUGGUAAGUCUUUCAGGCAAAAUGCUAAGGCCAUCACGGAGCAUCUGAGCAAGCUGUCAUCUGAAGAGGUCAACAGUGUGGAGCAGGCACUCAAUGAGACAGGGUCUGUCAACGUUGAUGUAAAUGGUUCAAGCUUUGCCAUCACCAAAGAUAUGGUGCAAGUAAAGAGAUAUCAAAAGACUGUUCAUGUGGAGGAAUUUGUUCCAUCUGUCAUUGAACCCUCUUUUGGCAUUGGCCGUGUCAUGUACUCUAUAUUUGAGCACAACUUCAAAGUCAGAGAGGGGGAUGAACAAAGAACGUAUCUGGCUCUACCCCCAGUAAUCUCGCCUUUCAAAUGCUCUGUGUUGCCACUCAGCCAGAAUGCGGAUUUCGUGCCUCUUGUACAAAAACUCUCUGCUGCUUUGACUGAUAUGGACAUCUCACACAAAGUGGACAACAGCAGUGGCUCCAUCGGUAGGCGGUAUGCCAGAACUGACCAGAUUGCUAUCCCCUAUGGUAUCACUGUGGACUUUGACAGCUUGAAGGAGCCAAACACUGCCACACUGAGGGAGAGGGACAGCAUGAAGCAGGUCCGGGCUCCGGUGUCUGAACUGCCAGAGAUCAUAAAGAGCCUUGCAGAUGGCAAGAGGACAUGGGAGGAAGUACUUAACAAUUACCCAAUCUUUGAGCAGCAGGAAGCCAGCAAAUAAUACGUUUUUGUCUCAUUCGAUUGUUGUCGUGAGCAAAAGUUCAACAGAUGUCAGAAAGUUUGUGUGAAACUGAUUCAGUCUGAAUUCGUUGUUGUUGUGGUUAUUUUGUGAUCAUGUAAUAGUUUUUGGUUUGUUUUUUUUUCUUCUCAGGCUCAACUUUGUGUAACUUUGAGGAUCACGGCUGCUUGGGAUACAAGCAAAUGCUAAGUUUAUAUGACCAAAUAUCAUCCACCUAAAUGUCAAGUUGAUGCAACAGUUGAGAUCUUGAAUUGUCUGUUGUUGUUGGAAAGAAUGGAGACAUGAAGGCACUAGUCAGUGGGUUGUGACAACCUCUGAACUUUUACAUUGGCAGAUUGGCAGACUAAGUCAAAUCCCUUUAAUUUUAGUAUUAGCUUUUAUUUUGUCCGUUGUAGCCAACUGUGAUCUGGCACUGGUAUUGAGUCUAGUGCAGGUUGCAUUUUUUGUUUUGUUUGUUUUGUUUUGUUGUUGUUAAAUACUACAACUUAUAUAUACUCAUAUGUGCAAGCUUUUUGCAAGCACAAUCUGUCAUAUAUAUGCCCUAUUUUUUUGUUGAGCUGGUAAUACUGGUGAAGGCAUGGUGUACAUUGGUUUUAGCUCUUGUUGAUGAAUUCUUCUGCUGUAUGCUAUGUUUCUGUCAAAGUAUAUUUUAUGGAGCGAAAUGUUUAAGCAUCAAUGGUUGCGUAUGAUCAGUAGUAAAGUCUGUGAGAACAUCAAAGGCGUUCCUGUGAGCUUUUUUAAAAAAUCAUUAAGACUCAUUAAUUACAGUACAAUAAAAUUUGAAUUAGUUGCACAUGCUGCUCUGUUUCCUGCCAUUGCAAAAGGAUUUGUUGGCAGUGUCACUGAUUGGUUGUGUAGUUCAUGCAUUGUGCAUGUAUUUUGAAUACAAGGGAGGCAAGUAAUCAUUGUGUAUUCAUUUGAGGAAGAGUAGAUCUUGUUUUGGUGGCAAACAUUUAUUUAUGAGGAUUGCCUAACUUGUAGACAAGCAGUCUUCAUUGUCCAUCAUCAAGGGGUGAAAUUUCCUUUGUCUAUCAAAGAGGGGAAAAGUCUUAAGUAUUAGUAGCAAAGUUGCAGGUCUGCCGUCUAAGCAGAGAGUACUUUAUAUUUCAUAUGCUCAGUGUCAACCGAGAUCUCCCAUACAAAGCUAUUCCAACAUCUACUCUUCCAGUGUCUCAAUCUACGCAACCACCUGUAACUUCUUUCCUGACCAAACCUACUGUAGACAACAUUCAACAUACGGUAAUGCAGUAGAAAAAACUUACGCUGACAUACACCUUCUAAAAGUGGCACCUGUAGUAUGUUGCUAUGGGUGGAAGGAUUAAGAUCAAGAACUGCUGGACUACAAUCAGAACAACUUUGGCUCAACUGUUUACUUGGUCGGCUCUUGUUUUGUUUAGUUUGCGAAUGCUCUUUUUUUAGCAGUGAAUGUAAGAAAUAGCUGGGGUCAUUUGUAGCAGUAAAGGACACAUCUUUGUAGUUCAUGCUCUGACUGCUCAUCUUUCUCUUGUAACAUUAUGUGAUGAUCAUUUUAUCCUGGUGGGGGGUGAAUGUAUGCAUGGCAGUGAGUACUGUUAUUAAUACUAGUGCUCUUUGGCUUCACAUAGAUGUGAACAUGUCUGAUUUUGUCUGUUUUGGGUGUUGGAAGUCAAAUGAGUCUCUCCAUGUCUUUUUAUUUUACCAUGUCUUGUAUUAUGAUCUGCUCCUUUUCCUUUUUUCAUCUUGGUCGAAGGUGCUGUCAUUUGUAGGAUUUUCAUUACAUAGUAAGUUAAACUAUUUUUAACUUUUCUAUGUCUGGCCUAUUUUCCUUCUAAAGGGUAUUGUCCCUUGUCUUUCAGAAAUGUAAAAGGAUCUCUUCGUCCUUUGUAGCCUAUUGACCAGAAUUUGUUCAGCUCUUCAUGCAUUUGUUUUGAACAUAUGGCUGUUCCUGCUGGCCUCAGCAGUCCUGUUUGUAAAAUUGUCGCUGCCUUAGUGUGAGAAUAUGUGCAAAAAGAGGAGAUAGUUGGAGGAUUUCACUGGCAGGUCCUUUUUUUUCCCUCAGUUAUUUCUGUAUCUGGUUGUUUUUUCUCUGCACUGAGUGGCAGUUGUUUUGUCAAUGUGCUUGUCUUUACUCAAUUCGUCAUAUGAUGUUGUUGGGACCUUCAACAUUUUAGUCUUUUACAGUGACAAUUGGGUACGGGUUCCGGUUACCUCAGUUGGUAUCACACUAGGGUAUCAUGUGGAUGGCCUUGGUAUGAGUCUUCAAUGGAGAGUUCUUGACCAUGUUUCAUUUGGGAGUUUUCAAAACUCUUUAUCCGGUUGGCUUUGUCAUUUUUGGAAAUGGAGGUUGGUUAAGUUUCGGCAGAUGGUUGGAAUUGGAUUGUUCCCUCUGUUUUACUGUCUGUUUGUCUUUACUGUUUUCUUGCGCUAAAACUAAAUGACUGACUUAAUGUACUUUUCUUUACUCAAACAUUAAGAUCGAAGGGCCCACCCACCUCUUUGAUAUCCUUACAGGUUGGAAAGGGGUGUUAACCAGUGCAAUUAAAAUUAUCACAUCAGAGAAAGCUAUGGAUUUGAUUCCGCCUGCUCAAGGGGUCUGUGGGUGAAAAAAUCUUAGAAAAGAAACAACAAAAGACAAUGCCUGUGUGGACCAGGGGUCAGCUGUUGUCUCCAUUGUAGGCUUCACCUGGUCUCGUUCAGCCCCUCUCCAUGACCAUUUCUCCUCCUUUGUUUCUUUAUCUGCUGGACUUUGCAUCUUUGUUUUUUGCGUAAGUGGCUGGACUUCCCUGCUUCUGUCCUUCUCAUUUUAUGUCUGAUUUUCAGUGUAGUUUUUUUCUGGUACUAUUUCAAGUGAUACAAAUUCUGAAAAGAUACAUGUAUGUAUGAAGAUUCAGCAUAAUGAUGUAUACUGUGUUUUUAAACUGUUUUGUGCAUUUUUAAGAUCCUAUAUCGAGGCCAUUGACAUAGCUCUCUACUAAAGUUUAAAAUUUCUAUUCAGGCUUUUCUGGUCCUUAGAAUUUUCUUGGACUGUAGGCUGUAAAGAGGAUGUCAAAUUUUUCUUUUUUUCAGACGUAUUCUUAUUACAGUAUUAGUAUUAAAGAUAUCAUCUGGCCUGAUGAAUUAGUGUCAAUAAUUGAGCAACCCUAGUUUUUAUGACUAUUUCAAAUGUGGUUGCAGAAGUUUUACUUAAGGGUAAAGAACCUUGUUGGCUUGUUUAUGAUUCUUUAAACAAAGGGUAUCAAUCUUUGAUUGCCUGUGGAAAAGGUGCUUAUAUUGUUUUUUUCUGUAAUUUACAUUAUGAAUUGUUUGUUUCUGGCCAAAUUAGUACAGUGGUAUGUAAAUUUUCAUGUUCAAUUAGAAAUUCAAACCACAUUUCUGAAGUUUAUGAACAUCGGAACCCGUCCAAAGAAUGGCUAGUACUGAAUAUUGCUUUUGUCUUAUCAACUACAUAUUCUUUUUGUUUUGUUUCAUUAAUUUCUCAACUAAUUACUAACAUUGCACAAAAUGAAAAAAUUCUGCCCACACUGAGAA